UCGAUAUCGAUGCGGAGCCUGCUCACCUUCUGCCGCACUCGGGUCACGGAUACAUUACCGACACGUUCGUGCGUCAUGGCGAAAAAGCAAUGUCUACUGCGCAGAACGUGAUAGGAAACUCGCUGAAGCACCCGCCUGGCUAUCGGAUACACAUGGACUGGGACGGCGGCAAGCUCGCGGGCGUUUUCGAUCGCAGAAAGCACGCACUGCAGUUCUACCCACGAAAACGAAUCCCGCUGAUGGCGCAGAUGUCGUAUCAGUUGCUGCAAGACCCGCGAAUCUUCAUGACGGGGGGACUCAGCAUCGAGAUCGACGCAGACGGAGUGGUGCAAAUGCCUGCGCUGGAGAAUGCCAAAGCAACAGAACCCGGCGCCCCGUUUCCAGAAGAUGGGGCCGCAGCAAGCAGGGCGGAAAUGCGUGUAGCUUUACGAGCGAAGAGGAAGCCAGCACCAGCAGGGGCUCGCAAACUUCAAGCGGCAGGCCCUCACCGUCGUCCGGCCCUAACAGCAACAGCAGCAACAGCAGCGACAGCGACGCCAGCGGCAGACUCCGGUCGAGAGGAUGGGCCUGCUGGACGCGCAGAAUUCGUUCUUGUGCGGCCGAGUGCUCCAAGCCUGGCCGUCGAGCACAUGUGCACAGUUACCCACGCCGGUGGACAACAUUCUGACCACGAUCAAGAAGCAGCCGGGAAGCCCGGAAACAGCGCCGCCAGUUCCCGCGUUCUGAACUCGCCGACAAUGCAGGAGCAGCGGGUGAGUACAUUUUUGAGCCGAUCACGAGAAGCCAUGGAGCGGACGGAUGUCGAUGCCGCCGAGCGAAUGCUUGACUUUGGCAGCACAUCUCUUUUAUCCAUUACGCAUGGAAAACCACGCAAGCGCCUGUCUGAAGCGACAAAGCGCUUGGCCAAGUGGCUGGAGGAGCAGCGGAAAAAUGACUCGGCUAGUGACAGCAAGCCGGCACCGGCAGACUCAGUAGGUGAUGAGGAAAAACUACGUGAGAAGGAUACCGCCACUGCUAUUGAGCAGGAGCAGGCGCGCCUCGUUCUAGACUUUGUGGGGCUUUUGGACAACCAACAGGCAUCAGCCGGACAAAGCGACGACAAGAACAAGAAAACAACACGCAAAAGCAAGCUGCCCGCGAAGGACAGAACAAAAACAGCCACUGCCCAGACAACGAAACCUCCCGCGGUCGAGGCACACCCGCAGAGUGCCUACAUCCUACUUCGGAACUGGUUACAAGAUGAGCAGAAAAGUAUCGCCUUGCGGAACCUGGGGAGAACGGUCGGGCCGGUCAUGUCUGUCGACAAUUUCCUCAAGACGCUGGAUCGCGUCGCCGCCGGCAAGCGCAAUUGGCAUCUUCCGCAGCCGGGCGAAAAGCCGGACGCUAGCGGCAAGAACUACCACGCGGGUCUCAUGCAUUUGGCGCUGCUUCUUAACUUGUUUGAGAACGGGCUUUUGUUUGAUAUCGCGAGCACUCCGAAAGCCGCACAACCACACUUGGCAUGGCCAGAGGCAGUCCGGAUGUUUGCUGUUCGCGCCAUGACCCAAGGCUCGUGUUCGACUCCCGGUCACCGCGCAAGCCGAUCUCCGUGACUUCCGGCCUUCCCGUGAGCCCCAGUGCAGACCACGAGCAGUUCGUUCUGUGCUGCUUUCGGGACCAGAGCUUCGAGCACGUUGACGGAAAUCGGAAUCAAGAAAAGAACGCUGACGGCAGCGAGGACGUUGCAGCCGUGGACAGAGCUUUCGCCGCUUUGAUGGACCCAUACUCUUUACAGGACCUCCGCGUCGUGUCCUUGAUCGAUUGCGACGUACAGAAACGCACUGUCUCCACACCUACCACUGGGCAAUCUGAGCGCGUGUUUUGGCUCUCCAUGCACGACCACAAUUCGUGGGAUGUCGAGGUGAAUCGCGAGGCCUUCCUUCACUACGAGGUCAUCGACUGCGCCGAAAACGUAGCCUUCCAUCGCCGCGGACAGCGCGCUGCUGUAUUGGCGAAAAACAGACGAGGGUUGCGCGAAGAGGAUAUUCCUGAUUUUGACACACAAUGCGUGAUGGAAUGGCUUCAGCGUGAGGAUUCGGAGGUCCACGGGCCUCGUCUUGGUUUUCUUGCAGGGCUGUCGGAGGCGCAGAUCUAUCGAAAAAGCGCGGAGUUCGUACAGCGUGCACGACGGGGAGAGAAGAUGUUGCAGGCAGUGGUCGGGUUUGGCGACGCUAACUUCCCGGCUGCGCACGCCUCGAACACCUCGUUAUCUCACGAGCUGACACCUUCGGCGUCUCCCGCCCAACCGGGCCGAUUCCAUGUACCACUUGCGAGUCUCGGCGCGCGCCUUCGUGGAAUCGAGGAGACGACGGCAGCCUUUGACCCGGCUGCUGCUGUGAAGACGUGCUUCACACCGGCGCUGAAUAAGUUUGAGUGCGUCAACCAGGAAAUGAUCGAAGCCCUGUUGGACCGCACAGGUGGCACCGACAGCAUGGUCUUGCCUUUUUUGCCAGGCGCGCCGCAGUCGGCCACCGACUACGCAUUGGAAGACUUCUUCUGGGAAAAGUAUGGCGCACUAGCGAAUUGUGAUGCUAAUGACGCUGAGGCUCACACUUCCGAUGAUGAAGAGCUUCCUGGCGUUGCGACCGCACUUCUAACAAUGUGCGCGGAAGAAGGCCUCGACGUCGACACCGUUAUCGAAGAAGCGGCCCAGCAUGCAACUCUGAUCAGCAACGGCUCUGACGAGGUCGACUCGUCCGUUGUGCGUGCGUGUACAUGGCUGCACGACCCGGCCAUUCGACUGCAGCAGGAGAAGCGGGCAACUCAGGUUCAGCGAGACUGGUACGAAUUUCGCCACGGAAAGCCGAGACCUUCGACCCGGGCACUCAGCAGCGACGCGCCAACUGCACGCGCUGGCGAAGAUUCUACAGCACCCGCUGGAGCCUCUACGUCAACAGCGCGCUCUUCAUCUUCGGUGUAUGAACAAGGAACGCUGCCCCUGCCGCGGAAGACUCCGACUACCUGUCGUCAGAAGAUCAGCGACGCGCUUCGCGAUAUCGGCAAGAAGGUUCUGACGUACAGGAAAACGGUGAAGCAUUUGCGGACUUUGACGAAGCUCGGUCUGCUCAACUUGGAGUCCGAGCUCGUGCGCAGAAAUGUCCGGGGGUCGCACAUUACGUACCACGGACCCGGUGGCGCCGCUACAAUCGUCCGCAACCACCGAGCGACUGCGCCGAUGACUUCGAAGCAGUUUGUCGAAAAAGCACAGCAGCUCGGUGAAGUGGGCGGGGAACGUGGUGGAGGAUAGUUCGAGGACGCAUCAUAGUUUCAUUUUGACUGGGUGUGGCUGUCGAAGGGAAGUCGAAGAGGGACAAGGAAACAAUUUGAAAGCGGAACAAGAAAGUCGAAAGUGGGGGCAUCAAGAUAGUCAUAAUUUAUUGCCCACGUAGUAUUUUUACUGCAGAAGAGAAGCAAUGGCAAUCAAUGCGGAUAGCUGCGUCCAUUGAAUGGCGAUGGCAUUUGGUGGAGGCUUGUGCUCUGUGCCUCCGAGCCUUACUAUGUUCCGCGUAAGAGCUGCAUGAUCAUCAAAAGGAGUCGUCAAGUUGUAGAAUGUGGAGUCGGAG